GGACGACAAGACAAAUGGUCGCCGACUGACGCCCCUUCCUCGGUUUCAAUCCAGUUGAAUCUUAGCGACCCAUGCGUCGGUUUAGAAGAGGUAAUUGGCAUCUGGUGUAACCAAGGUGUAAGUUCCGAGAAACACGGAAACGAAUUUCUUUUGUACAAACUAGUACCGAUUCGGCAAAAGGAGCUACAGUUACCAGAAAGAAGAAGAAGAAGAAAAAAAAACAAUGGACGAAAAGGCGUUUACGAAAGAGCUCGAUCAGUGGAUUGAACAGCUCAACGAAUGUAAGCAGCUGUCAGAGGGACAAGUAAAGACGCUAUGUGAAAAGGCAAAGGAGAUCCUGACAAAAGAGUCAAACGUCCAGGAGGUGAGAUGUCCGGUGACCGUGUGCGGCGACGUGCACGGCCAGUUCCACGACCUCAUGGAGCUGUUCAAGAUCGGAGGGAAGUCUCCAGAUACAAACUACUUGUUCAUGGGAGAUUAUGUGGACAGAGGGUACUACUCUGUAGAAACAGUCACUUUACUUGUAUCUCUUAAGGUUCGCUUCCGGGAGCGAAUCACAAUCCUCAGAGGGAACCACGAGAGCAGGCAGAUCACACAAGUCUACGGCUUCUACGACGAGUGCUUGAGGAAAUACGGAAACGCAAACGUUUGGAAGUUCUUCACAGAUCUGUUUGAUUACCUCCCCCUCACUGCCUUGGUAGACUCUCAGAUUUUCUGCCUUCACGGGGGCUUGUCACCGUCUAUAGAUACACUGGAUCACAUCAGAGCACUGGACCGGUUACAGGAAGUACCACACGAGGGUCCCAUGUGCGACCUGCUGUGGUCGGACCCCGAUGACCGCGGCGGCUGGGGCAUCUCUCCGCGGGGAGCUGGCUACACAUUCGGUCAGGACAUCUCUGAGACUUUCAACCACGCCAACCGCCUCACGCUGGUGUCUCGAGCCCACCAGCUGGUUAUGGAGGGAUACAACUGGUGCCAUGAGAGAAACGUUGUGACGAUUUUCAGCGCUCCCAACUACUGCUACCGCUGCGGCAACCAGGCAGCCAUCAUGGAGCUCGACGACACCCUCAAAUACUCCUUUUUGCAGUUUGAUCCUGCUCCUCGCAGAGGAGAGCCUCACGUCACUCGCCGCACCCCAGACUACUUCCUGUAAACCUCCAUAUUGGACCUCUGUACAUUCAAGUAUUGUCAUUAUACGACUUUAAACUGAUGCUGCCGUGGUUCAGGAGAGGGAGGAUCGCUCAGCCACACAAAAAUCAAUUUAAGCAUUUUGUAAAAACGUCUAUAAAUGGACCAAAAGGUGUGUGCCAUAAUCAUAAUAUUUAUUGCAGAGGAAUUGUAUUUAUGAUCCUUCUGUCCAACUAUAUAAACCAACUUUGAUGCUUAAAUUGCCCAAUCUGUACAUAUGUAGCUGGGCUGAUGGCACCCACGUUCAAAGCAAAUUUUACUACAAUGAAUGCAGCUCCAACACCCAUAGGCCGUGGAUUUUACCAAGAUCUGAACGUGAUCUGUUUGCACUUUUGUACGAUUAAAGAAAUGUAAAAUAU